UUCUUUCAAGUUUUUAUGAAUUUGGUUCAAAUCUACGGCACGGGCUGCCGCACAAUGACACCGCCGAGCGGUCCCGGGGCCGCCUUCAACUGGAUGCGGCGCUCCUCCUGCCAGGGAUUCGGUUUGAUCCGAAUCACGCGAGUUGGCAGGCCGGCGCACCAGCACCCGCACACCACCCACCCCACCGCCCACCGCCUCCUCUGCACGAAAACAACAAUCGGAUUCCGGCAGCAAAUGGACCACACAAUACCGCCCAAGGAGUUCAAAUGGACGCCGGGCAACCUGAUCAACGAGAACUUCAAGUUGGGCGACCAUGGCCAUGUUUGCGUGGUGCUCAACCGCCAGAUUCAGGUGCCGGCGCACGUGGUGAAGCUGCUGUGGCGGAAUGCCGCCGUGCGCUGUGCCGUCGAUGGAGGCUCCAACCACUGGCGUGACUUUGUCGUAAGUCAGGCAAUGUCAAAGAAGUCGAAUGGCGCCACCACACCACUCGAACCGCUCGACGUGAUAACAGGGGACUUUGACUCGAUCACCGAGGACACGGUGGAUUUCUUCAAGACCACCCCGAAGGUCCACACACCCGAUCAAGAUGCCACGGAUUUCACCAAGGCCAUCGCCGUCCUGCAGCCCGUGAUGGCGCAGCGCAAGAUCCGGGAUGUUGUGGUGUUCCAUGACACCUCCGGUCGGCUGGACCAGGUGAUGGCCAACCUGAACACACUGUACAAAUCGCAGAAGGACAACUGCAAUGUCUUCCUCCUGAGCGGGGAUUCGGUGACGUGGUUGCUGCGACCAGGAAAACACACGAUACAGGUGCCCGUCGACCUGGUCACCACUCAGCGGUGGUGCUCCCUGAUGCCUGGGCUCGCGGCGCACAAUGUCACCACCACGGGUCUCAAGUGGAAUCUAUAUCACGCACAAAUGGAGUUCGGUGGAAUGGUGAGCACAUCCAACACCUAUGCCACUGAGUUCGUCCAGGUGGAGACGGACGCCAACCUUAUCUGGUCCAUGGGUGCCUACGACUUUGAGGAUAAGGUGCGACAGACCGCCAAGACAUGAGAACUAGUAGAGACGCUAAUGGAGGUUACUAAGUACUUAAGUAAGGAUUAGGUUACACCAAUGUACAGUGUUGAGGGCCAAAGCUGCAUCACUUUUUGUUUGUGGGGGGCUAUUAUUAUAUUACUGUUAUUGUUUAACAAAAUGAAAGUUUAUGUGAAAAUUCGUAAUACUAAGCUCUUAAUUCUACUAAUUGAACUUAAAAAACUUGGAUUGAGCUUAAGAACAAAGGAGGUUUAACGAAAUAUAAAUAGAUGAUGCUUACUCAGA